GAGCCCCUCGGUUCGACCAUGUUCUGGUGCAAGAUAGCCGUUAGCGUCGCGCUAGUGCUCGCCGGGGGCGUGUUCGCAGGCCUCACUAUCGGCCUCAUGGGCCUCGACGAGCUUCAUCUCAGGGUCCUUGUCGAUUCGUCGGAGGACGAGAAGGAGCGGGAUAAUGCGAUGACAGGUGCGUUUGUCCCCCAGCGCGUUUGCUUAUGGAGACUAUCGUCCUUGCGAUUCUGUUUAGUUCUCAAUCUGCUUCAACGGGGACGCCAUUGGGUCUUGGUGGUCCUUCUCCUUGGAAAUGUGAUCGUCAACGAGUCUCUCCCAAUCUUCCUCGACGAUGCAAUUGGUGGCGGUCUUGCGGCGAUCAUCAUUUCCACUACUACAAUCGUCAUCUUCGGGAUCAUCCCCCAAGCCGUCAGCGUGCACUAUGGCCUCGCGAUCGGCGCUCGAUGCACACCCUUCGUCCUCGUCCUCAUGUGCAUUCUCUCGCCCAUCGCCUACCCGAUCGCGCGCCUGCUCGACCGCAUCCUCGGCGUGCACACCACGACGACGUACAAAAAGGCGGAGCUCCGGUCCCUGCUGCAGCUGCACCGCACCGGCGCGGAGCCGCUCGCGGAGGCGGAGAUCAGCAUUCUCAAUGGUGUGCUCGAGCUGGGGCAGAAGCGCGUGCACGAUAUUAUGACGCCGAUACAGGACAUCCUUGCGCUGAGCGUUGAUACGAUCUUGGAUAAGGAUGUGGUGGAUGCGAUCCUCUCAAGCGGAUACUCCCGCAUCCCGGUCCACGAGCCCGACAACCCACUGGCGUUCUGUGGGCUAUUGCUCGUCAAGAAACUCCUGAUGUACGAUCCCGGCGCGGCCCUCCCCGUGUCGCACUUCAAGCUGUCGAUAUUGCCAGAGGCGCACCCGUCCAUCAACUGCUUCCAGGCGCUUGAUUACUUUCGCACGGGACGCGCGCAUUUGCUCCUCAUUAGUCAGACGCCCGGGGUGGCGGGUGGUGGUAUUGGGGUUAUCACGCUAGAAGACGUCAUCGAGGAAAUCAUCUCGGAAGAGAUCAUCGACGAGACGGACCGCUACGCGGACAACCGCAGCAAGCGCCUCGCGCCGGACCGUUGCGCCACAUCCGUCGUCAUGCAGUGGGGGAUCGUCGAACGCCAGCGCUCGCUCCCGCGCCGACAAGAACGGGAACGAAGAGGGUCACGGCUGCGCGCGAUGUCUCCCCGACCGACGCCAGGACGCACACUGCCACCCUCAUCGCAGAUCCGGACCCGGACCACAACCGCCGCGCUCCCGUCCAUGCGCUCGCUCUCGCUCACACCACGGCUCGCGAGCCGGCCGCUCGUCCCGCCUCCCGCAACGCCGGGUAUACCGAUGUCGAAGAGCAUACCGAACGCGACUUCGUUGGGCAUUUCUGCUGCGUACGGCGGGGGCGGGGGCGGGGGCGGCAGUGGAUAUUCCAAGACGGGCCUCGGGCUCACUAUGUCAACGGAGACGCGCGAGCGCGAUACGGGGCGGUUCAAGCACCUGACUGAGAUAUAUAUGCGCGAGGACGAGCGCGGGGCACGGACGCCUAUUAUAGACGUGUACAAUGACUAUGGUGCCAUAUAGAAGACCGGAGGAUAUAGAUCGUUUGAGGCCGCGUUAAAAGUCCUGCUUGUUGGAUACCUAUCUUUUUGUCUGAUGUUUACAUACCCCGAUCGUCCUGAUGUUUACCGUUUCUUGCCAUAUGGCUGCUGUAUCACUAUAGCGUACACCCUGUAAUGCGUCCCUAGAAUUUGUACUGCU